CUGUUUGUUAUAGAAGUGUUUCUUACCGAGGCUUAUUAUCCCUGAAUGCUGACAAGAUCAGGUGGCUUUUUUGCACCAAGUUUAAUUGAUUAAGUGGAAUUUGGAAUGAAGGACAUUUUCAAAUUAUCUGAAAAUCUUGGAUUACUGAAUGUAUUUUAAAGACAAAAGUGAAUUAGAUAUUUGUGUGAAUGAUAACAUUCAGUUGAAUUGAUGAAUGCAAUGUAUAACAAAAGCUACGAAAAAAUUCAUAGAAAUCUAUUUUGGCAAUGUAGUUUUUGCGGAUUUUUGGCAUAUUAAUCAUUGAUUCCCAAUGUGGAAAUGGUUUGGAUGUGGUGGAUGUUGUAGGCCAAAGUGUUUGAAGAAAAACAUGGAUGGUCGGCGACCAAUUGUCAAAUCUAAUACAUUCCAAGAAACUGUAGAACCCGCGGAAGAAGCCAACAUGGAAGCUGUGAAUGUAACAACUGAACAACCGGGUCCAGUGCCUGGCAACGAGAGAAUAGGUGAAAUUCAUGCAAAGUCAGAGGUCAAGGUCAGUAGUUCAGAGAAUCAGGAUAAGGAGUUAGGCUCCUCUGUAGAUGAUAUACCUCUAAUUGACCUUUCAACUUCUUCCAAGGAGUCCUUCAAUAAGAAAGGUCAAAGUGAAACUGUUUCGAACAAUUUCGAUUCUUCUAUGUCCAAAAAGGAGUCUGAUCAAAUGUCUUCUGAAGGGGAUGUUUCUAGUGAAGGAGAUGUUUCGAUUGGAAUUGAAAGUGUUAAUGAAGAGAAAGGAGAGGGUAAUGAAACUGGUAAAGUUGAUAGGUUAGAAAAACUUGCCAAGCAAAUUGAUGAUUUCGACCCGUCUCCAAUAUUUGAGCGGAAAGUAGUUCCUGGCGGUGUAGUGUUUACUGGAGAUAUAAAUGAUGACAAGUUAGUUGACAAGUUGCUAGAAGAUUCAGCUGAUGAUAAUGCUGAAAAGGGUAAUAAUCCUAUAGAAGAGGAUAAAAUAGGUAAAGGUGAAAUAACUCCAUGUGAAGCUGAGAAAACUGGUGAUAAAAGUAAGGAAGAUUCACCAGCUGAAAGUACUGAUGAGGGUGAUCUUGAUGAAAAUUCUAAUAAUGAUGCAUCUAAUGUAGAGACCCCAGAAAAUGGUGAAGAAUCUCAACAAAAUGGAGAUAUGUCUGGAAGUACGGAGUCUGAUGGUUUCCAAGAAGAAAAGUCGAAUGGAGAGAACAACAAUACGGAGAAAGCAAGUGCAGACAAAUCCAACCAGAACAAACAAGAAUCACAAAAAUCUGAGACUGCCUCACCAACAAAAACAGCAAAAAGCAAGAAAAAAGAAGACAAAAGUAUAGAACAUAUAUUGAAAGCAUUAAGUAGUCUGCAAUCAACGGAAGAAAAGUUAGCAGCCCUAUGUAAAAAAUACGCUGAUUUACACGAAGAACAUCGUGUUUUGCAGUCAUCUUAUAAACAGAAUCAGAGAAAACUUACUGUUACUACACGAGAAAAAGACCAGUUGCAAGCAGAGCAUACGAAGGCAGUGAUGGCCAAAAGUAAAUUAGAAAGUUUAUGUAGAGAAUUACAGAAACAUAAUCAAACAAUUAGGCAAGAAAGUUUACAACGAGCUAAAGAAGAAGACGAGAAGAGAAAAGAGAUAUCACAGAAAUUCCAGACAACCAUAGGGGAGAUCCAAACUCAGAUGCAAGAAAAUCAUGAACGAAAUAAACAAUUACGUGAAGAAAACUUUGAACUAGCCAAUAAACUUAAAAAAUUUAUAGAACAGUACGAAGCACGAGAAAAGCAAGUAGAGAAGGUUAUACAGCAUAGAGAACUAGAACAAAAAUUAGCAGAUGCCAAAUUAGAACAGGCCUCGGCAAUACUAAUGGAAGAAAAGGGGAGAAGUCAAAAAGAAAAAGAAUUGUUAAUCCUACAGUCUACAGAAUAUAUGAAGAAAAUGCAACUGAAAGAAGCUGAGUUAAAUAUGUACAAGGAAAGAUAUGAAGAAUUCCAGUCAACAAUCAAGAAGAGUGAAGAAAUGUUUUCAAAGUUCAAGGUUGAAAUGGAUAAGAUGACAAAACGUUGUAAAAAGAUGGAGAAGGAUGGAGCUCAAUGGAAGGGCAAAUGGGAAAAUGCUAACAGAGCACUUCUAGAAAUGGCUGAAGAGAAAACAAAGUAUGACAAAGAAAGAGGUCUAUUGAUGACAAAGAUUGGUAAAUUAGAGUCAUUAUGUCGAGCCAUGCAGGCAGAGAGACAGGCUAGGAAAAUGUUAGAAACAGAAAAAAUAGUUACUUCGGACAUGGAAAAACUUGGUUUAGAUAGUCCUGACGACGAUUUAGAGUCCUCACUUCCCCCAUUACCCUCAGAUCCCUUCCCAUUCAGAACAAGUCCUGUAAACACAGGUUCGAGCUCUGGGCCGGCAUCAGAGGAGAGAGUGGCGGACUCUACGACCGGGGAGAAUGAGGCGGGUGAUGAUGCCGGAGAGAGUUGUGAAGGAGACUCAGAUAAUUCUUGUGCCUCAGAAAAAACAGGAGUUACUGUAAUCCAGCAGACACCAGCUGACCAAUCAGAAGACAGUUCUGGUGCAAAUACCCAGUCAGAAAGUCAGAUACAAGAAGUGACAAGUUCUGACCAAUCAGGAACAAGUUUACAGAAUGAUCAAAUGCAGAAUGACCAAUCAAAUGCGGCGUCUUGAUUCUGAAUAUCAAUUGUAUGAAAAGAAUUAAUGCAAAUUCAUCCGACAACAGUUUAAACAUGAUGAAAAAGUUUGGAUUUGAUCAUUAUACAUACACAAGUCUAGAAAGACUUCAGUUAAAACUUUGCAUAGAAAGGAAUCAAUUUUUUUCAUUCCUUUUUACAAAGAUACAAUUGGUCACUCUUUUGAACUUGUCAUUAAAUUCUGUUGUAUAAUUUUAUCCAAAUAAUUUAUUUUUAGAAAUGUAAAGCAAAAGCGUUUUCGUGUAAUUUUUUCAGGAGUAUAAAAAAAGGUAAUCAUUGUGUUUUUUAAAAAAAAAAAAAAUGCUUUUGCGAUACAUUUAUAUCAUUAUGUGUUACGAGUGGCUUGCACUGUAUAGAAAUAUAUUGCAAAGGUCAACAGAAUGGCACAAUAAAGGUCACUCCUGAAAGGUCAUGGUGAUUAUUAAUAUGUAAAUACAAAAAAAGUAUAAUAGCUAGAAGCUGCUUUUUAUGAUACUAUUCACUCUGAUAUUGAGUCAGAAUUUAGAAAAAAUAUCUAGAAUCCUUUAUUUAUGCUGUUGAUUUAUUUAAAGCUUCUUUUUUUCAAAUAAGAAAAUAUAUCCAGAGGGGCAAUAAUAAAAAAGCGGACUAUGUCCAAAAUCAUAGAGGAAUUAUUUAUAAACCUGUGCUCUGACAUUUGUGUUAUUUACAAGUGUACAGGGCAAAUACCUGCAUAUCAUUAUACAUGUUAUGAAAGGUUUUGUGGUGUUUGUUUUUUUUUUUUGUUGUUGUUUUUUUUGGUUUUGUGAGAGCAAUGUUCCUUGCGUUUUAAAAAUACAAAUAUAUAGAAACUGGAAAAAAUUAGUUGUACACUAUAGUUGUUGGAGGAAAAUAUAUUUGGUGUAAAUAAGCUUGAAUACUUAAUAUAGAAAUGCAAUAAACAAACAAACAAGACAGGCGUUUGGAAAAGCAAGAUCUUGGCAUUGAGCCAAAAUGUGUCUUGUUGCGUGGGUUUUUUUUUACAGUUAUUAAAGCAGCUUACUUCUAGAUUUCAUGCUAAUUUUGUAUGUGAAAAUUUAUAAAGGGUUUUAAAAUUUAAAAGUUUUGUCAAGAUAGUUAGUAUACAGUAUUUGAUUGUUUUUUUUACAUCGAAGUACAUGUAUGCCAAAAAUAUCCUUUACUGGGUUAGUAAAUGGGUAGAAAUAGGGUUAUAAUAUAGUAAAUUCAGUCUAUUUUUUUGCAACUAGUAUGUAAAGUGUUAUAUACUUAUACUGCUUAACCUACCUGAAUUUGUGUAAUAGUCUUACCUCGCUUUGAAUUUGGAACAUUACAUUCAAUGUUUAAGGGACAUUGAUAUCAAAAUGCAAAAGCGAGCAACUAGCAGUAUUGGGCUUGGUCAGACUGCACGGAUGUGCAGGCUGGCCUGGCUCUAUACUGGCGACAAAUGCUAAUCACUUUAGUUCCAGCAGGGUAAGAGUAAACUCUAGAGUACAUUUUUUCUAAAAUUUGAUUUUCUUAAUAUUUUAAGACAAAUCUUGAGGCAUGUAGCUUUAAAUAGCUUAGAUGACUUCAUAAGACCCCCAGGAUUAAGUUGCCAAACAAGUUUUGAAAGUAAAUAUGUUAUUUCUCCACUUUAAUAAAAUCUUAAUUGAAACCUGACCUGUUUUUUUUUUAUCUGCAAAAGUUUUUAUGUCGGAAAUGUCGGAAAACUUGUACAGAAGUAAACAAAUUUUAAAAUAUUUUCACCUCCGCACGUAUUUUUGUUAUCGUAAAACAACAGAUAAUUUUGAUAUAUGUAUGUUGUUUUUUUAAAAGAAGAUUUGAAGGUUUCAGGGGUUGCUAGGAAUUGAUAAUUAGCCACAAUUUUGUAUUUUUUUGUUUUGAUUUUAGAAGUAUUAGUAAAAUAAUGGGGGGAGGCCUUCAUGUGAAACAUGGUGGUCCAUCCUUCUAGGUAUGAACAAAGAAUUUAAAAUAGCUAUUUUUUUGUUUUCUUUUCCAUGUAUACAUGCUUACACGUUGAAAAUGUUGGUCAUCUCAAUGAUUCAUUUUGCCAUGUCAAAUUUUUUUUCACAAAAAAUAAAGGUUUGUUUAAUUUCAA